CCGACUGGGAGUUACCUCAGCGCUUUCCGAGAUAUGAGAUCUGGCCGUUUUCCAGUCGGUGCACUUUUUUAUUAAAGAAGAAAACCCCGAAAAUCACGGGGCAAAAAAAAAGAGCGAAAGAGACGCACACGCAUUUGAAGAGGUCACCCAGAAAAACAGCGUUCAGCGGCUUUCUGCCGGCGGAUCAGUCGGAAUCUGCGGUGUACGCUCGGAGUCUCUCUCCCCCAACCCCCCCGUGCGCGCGCGCGCGUGUGUGCGUGUGUUUACAAGUGUUUGAACGACUGCCAAAAGAAGAAGGGAGGAAAACGCCAAGGAAGGAGGGAUGGUGGACAAUUCAAGCAGUAGUAAGGCACAAAUGCCCGGAAUGUCUCAGGAGCCUGGUGUGGCCUUUCCUCCAAGCACCUCCGCAGGAGGAAUGAAACUAGAAGCAGUGAUGGAGCAGCUCCAACGCCAGCAGCAGGCACGAUUAGAAAUGGAGCGCAAGGAGAGAAAGAUACGAGAAGCCCACAUCAUGUACGCUCAGCAGGUUGCUGCCCAACAGGCCAUCUUAGCAGCUGCUCGGGCUUCUGGAGCCAGCUUCAUGGGGAAAGGCCUGCCUGGAGGCAUCGCUGGUGGUGGAUUGCCUCCCCGGGUGUCCAAUCAGAGCAGUGUAGACUCAGACAGAGAGGAUGACGAGGACAGAGGUCGGGAUUCUGGAGAUGAGGACGAUGACAAUGAGAUGAUGGAAGGGGAUGAGGGCAGCGAUGAUGAUGAGGGAAGCGCCAGUGGUCUGGAGUUCCUCCGCAAGCAAACCCUUGCUUUACAGCAGAAUGCCUCACGAAUCCCAGCCCGUCCAUUUGGCAGUUACUCUGCAUCGGCUCCCCAGAGGACCGCUUCCCCACCUGUUAGAGUGAAGCAGGAACCUGACGAGGGCCUGUCUCCUGCAGGGGCACACUCUGCUACUUCUCCUAAUGGACAAGCUGACUGGGGCUUUGAUGACCACUUUAGACAGAAUGGCAGUGCAGGAUGGGCAGAUGAGGCUGACAGCAGCAGAGGAAGAGGAGAGGCCUCCAGAGACUUUGCUAAGCUGUAUGAGCUUGAUAAUGACCCAAAAAGAAAAGAGUUUUUGGAUGAUCUCUUUGCCUUCAUGCAAAAAAGAGGAACCCCAGUCAAUCGUAUUCCAAUCAUGGCCAAGCAGGUCCUAGAUCUGUACAUGCUGUACAAGCUGGUGACAGAAAAGGGAGGCCUCGUCGAGGUUAUCAAUAAGAAGAUCUGGAGAGAAAUCACAAAGGGACUCAACCUGCCUACCUCCAUCACCAGUGCUGCUUUUACUCUGCGGACACAGUACAUGAAAUACCUGUACCCGUAUGAGUGUGAGAGGAAAGGCCUCAGCUCCCCAGGCGAGCUUCAGGCUGCCAUCGAUAGUAACCGACGUGAGGGUCGCCGUCCAUCCUACAGCAGCAGCCUCUUCCGCUUUUCUCCCUCUCCCAGCACUGCUCCCCACAUCCUCUCACCCCCAAAGAUGCACCUUUCCAGUCUGGGAGCGGGGGCCUCAGUAGCUAUCAAUGGCCUUCAGGCCUCACCGGGACCCUCUUUGAAGAAAGAUGACCUGACCCCACCGAUUAUGGCUGCAAGACCUUCCAUGGCGCUGGCUCUGGGUCAGCAGCAGGUUGCUGGCUUGGCCAGAGCUGCCACACUGGAGCAGCUUAGAGAAAAGCUGGAGACCGGUGGUGGAGAGGGGCCAGAGAGGAAGAUGGCCCGCCUGGCAGAAGAGCAACAGCGCCUGAUGCAGCAGGCUUUCCAGCAUAACCUACUGGCCAUGGCUUCCCAUAUGCCUAUGAACCUGCGUCUGGGAGCCCCUGCUAUGCCUACCAGAGGAACCCUGUUCGCCCAGAAGUCUGGUGGGGCCCCGGGGCCAUCUGUGUCUGCUGCUACUGCUACUGCUGUUUCAGCCUCCCCUGCUGGAACCAGCGCAAGCUUUGGUUUUUCCGCACCUCAGGCCCAGAGCCUCAGCCCCGCAUCCUCCUCCUCCUCCAAGGGUCCCGGCUCGGCUGAGCCGACCCCCACCGGGUCACCCUAA